AUGGACUUGAUGGGCGGCCGACCACCGGUCGGGAGCCAUCGAGACCAGCACCGCCGCACAGCGAGCGGCUGCGGCUGGGAGCCAGGAGAGGAAGGGUCGGCAGUUGUGGAGAGGGCUACCACGGCCAACCUGCCCCCGCGCCCCUCGCCGCUGCACCGCCAGACGACGUCCUCCGCGUGGACCAUGACCUCGCCCUCGACCUCGCCCUCGAGCGCCGCGGCCAACGGCCUCUCCCCGCAGCCCCUCCGCUCCUUUCGUUCCUCGUCGGCCUCGACCCCCGACUCACUCUCCCUCGCGGACGUGACCAACACUCUGCAUAGCUCAGAUUCCCUGACCAUCUACACUAUUUCCUCCUCCACUUCUUCUUCGUCUUCGUCUUCAUCUACGUCGUCCUCUUCAACAUCCUCGACGUCGUCGUCAACAUCUUCGAUGUCAUCAACUGCGCCGACCAUGCCAAUGACAGAACCAACAGAAACAGCGGCGCUGGCUCACACCCCGCCCCGUGCGCCGCUCACCACGUCCACCUCAUCUUCGUACACUGCCGACCACGCCCCCUCGGCCGCGCCGGACCCACCGCGAGCCAAGCGCCGGUCGCGCAUGCCCACCAUCACGCUUGACCCGUCCUCUCCGCACGAGGGCGACGCCAGCGACCAUGGGCUACCGCGCCCCACCGGCUGUCCGUCACCACCACAACCCAUUACCCCAACCGCCGCCGCCGCCGCCGCCACUAGCAAUCACGACGACGAGCCGCUACCCAUCACCGGAGCAGCAAGUACCGUAGCGCCGGCGUCGCACGAAGGGCUCGCGUGUGAGAUGCCGGCGGUUGCAGCGGAGCAGUCUCCGACGGGAGUUGUUACCACGACGGCCGCAGCGGCAGCGGCAGCGGCAGCGGGCUGGUUGCGCGAGCUGGGGAGCCUGCGGGACGAUCAGGAGCGCAUCGACCUGCUGGCCGAGGUGCUGGCCAUGGCCGACGCCGGCGAGCCCAGCCACGCCCUGGUCCAGCACGCUCGGCGGCGCAUUCAGUCGGCCCGCACUUGCGGCCUCUCGCCGGAGAAGCCCGACAAGACCUCUGCGCAGACAGCAGCCAGGAAGCGGAAGUCGCCCAAGUCGACGACCAGGUCCUCGAAGUCGAAGAGGCGGUCGAGUAGCAUGACGUGCACGAUCACCACGGAGAAGACCUCGAGCGAGCAAGCCGCGCUGACCACGAGCAGCCCCGAGAAGGAAACCGUGCGGCGGCAGAAGGACACGGAGAAGGAGAAGGAGAAGGAGGUCAAGCGGCGCAACCGAUCGAAGACGAAGAAGUCGACGGAGGAGUCGCUGACGGACUCGCCGAGCAGCGGCAGCAGCGGCGAGAUAGCGGCGAUUGCGAGCGCCGGCGAGGCGCUGGCGUCCAACCUCUCGAGGGAGGCGCUGGCUGCCACCACGGUGGGGACGAAGCGGGCUCGGUCCGGCUCGGCCCGGCUGCUGUCCAAGAUCAAGAUCAAGCACACGUCGGCCACCUUUGGCACGUCGCACGAGGGCCAUCGCACCAAGUACGAUCUGGACGACAAGAUGGAGAUCCUGGAGCACGACGAAGACGGCCUGAGCGACCAGGAGCAGCCCAAGAAGGGGUAUGUACCCGCAUACGCUCCCGGCUGGUCAAGGGACACUCAGGCCGUCGUGCUCGAAUCUGCCGGUUCGAAAGAACCCAAACAGCCUCGCAUGGAAAGGCGAGGAUCGCAGGCCACAAGCAUCACCAAGAGCAUUCCGGCGCUGUCCCGACCGGCCGUGGUGUCGCCCGCAUCGUCUCAGAACAAGGGGCUGCUGUCCCGCAUGUUCGGCGGCGGCGGCAGUCCGUCCGAUAAGAUGGCUCAUACCGUGCUGAGCGAGGAGGCCACCUGGCGCGCCGCCUUCGCCCGCCUCGGCGAGCGUGAAGUUCUCAUCGCCGCGCAUGCAUGCAGCUACAACGGGGGCAAGGGCAUGUUGUACAUUUCCAGCGAACACGUGGGAUUCCUCGAGCGUCUCUCCGAACAGCAUGCUUCGGUCAUCAAGAAAUUGUGGCUCUACGAACAAUUCAUCUUCGUCCAAAAGGCUUCGAAUCGCUCCGUCACCAUCACUACUAGGGAUGGCCAAAUCUGCUUCGCCAAGUUCGACGCGGGGCACCAGGAGUUUGCCUACGCGACUCUGCACGCCCAGUUUGCGCCCUACGCCUCUCGCACGCAGUCGUUUCACCUGGCCAUCGACGAAAGGGACAUCCAGACGGUUCGGAUUCUCUUGCGCGACGGCGAAACAACGAAGCAGCAGAUCAAGGCCACCUUCAACCGGAGCGAGACCCCACUGGCCAGCGCCCUGCAGGCCAACGACGCCGAGAUCGUCAAACUAUUUUUGCAAUACUAUCGACAAGAGGGGCUGGACAUCAACGCACCCGACGAGCAGGGCAACACACCACUUCACGUCGCCUGUCUCUACAGCAGGAGCGAGGUCCUGGAGUUGCUGCUCGCCUACGAGGGGAUUCAUGUGACGAUGGAGAACGAGGACGGCAACACGCCGCUGCACUAUUUCUGCCGAUCGUUCCCCUCGCCGACCUGCCAGGCCCUGCUUCGGGUGUUGCUCUCCCUCGGCGCCGAUCCCAACAAACCAAACCAGACUGAGAUGUGGACACAGUCAGGAGAGACACCCCUGCACAAGGCAAUUUUGAAUAACAGUGUGCGAGUGCUGCUGAUCGAGUGUCUGCUCGACAACGGAGCCGACGUGAACAGCGUCAGCAAGCUCGGGGAGUCUGCGCUGCACUACGCGGUGAGGCUCGGCCGAAAGGACGUCGUUUCGCGCCUCUUGUGUGCCGGAGCCGACACGGAACUCAGGGCCAACGUCGACGGAAAGACGCCCACCGAGGCAGCCGUGGCCUCCACGCACGCCGUCAUCGCCAACCUCCUCCAGCGAGUCGAUGAGCUGCUGCAUUGGCUCCGGGCUGUGGAGGCCCAGGUGCUGAUGCAGCCACUCAUGGCCCGGGACAUCUUCCUCAACGAGCUGGGCGUGAUGGACGAGGCGGACUUCAACAUCAUGCUGGAGCGCAUCGAAGCCAACAACAACGUGGUCAUCCCCGACAAGACGAAGCUGCGCGAGGCCUGGGCCGUGCUCAAAGAUCGCAAGAUGAAGGAGUUGACCAAGGCCGAGGCGAUGCAGCUCGCGGAGAAGCUACAAAGCAGAGACGUGGCCAAGUUCAAGCAUUCGAUACACAAGGUCAUUGGUGAGGCGCGACAGGGUCGACCCAAUCCGAGACGGCUCUCCGCUACAGUUGACGCCUUGUAUAACGACGACCAUUGGAUCAUCCGGCACCCCGACCUCGAGUUCACCCAAAUCCUGGGCGACGGCACGUCUGGCAAGGUGUACCGGGGCCUCUACAAGGGCAUGGACGUCGCCAUCAAGGUGCUCUACAAGAGCGCGCAGAAGGAAGCUUUUUUCGAGGACACGUCCCCCGAGAUCGUCCGCUUCUAUGGCGUGUGCCUCGAGCCGGCCGUGUGCCUGGUGAUGGAGUUUUGCGAAAGGGGGUCACUCCAUGGUGUGUUGAAGGACGAGAAAACGGACAUGUCGUGGGAAAUGGCGAUCUCCUUCAUCCAGGCGACCGUGCGGGGCAUUCACCUCCUGCACACGUCACAGCCGCAGGUGCUUCACAGGGACUUGAAAACGCUCAAUCUGUUGGUGACCCACGAUUGGCAGAUCAAGGUGGCGGACUUCGGCCUGGCGCGAGCAAACACGAACGACAACCAGAGCACGUUGGCCCGCCUCUGUGGAACACUCUUUUACUGCGCGCCAGAGCUGCUAUUCGGCGAGGCCUCCUACACCACGAAGGCCGACAUUUACAGUCUGGGCAUCGUGCUCUGGGAAAUCAUUGCCAGGUAA